UGUAUAUAUGCAGGGCCGUCGACGGUCUAGGUUACUUCCCAUCCGGCUAUUCGACACAGCAUUCAGAACUCAGGGGGAGGCGAAUAACGUCAGAGCAUAAGAAUGAUACGAUAGCAAGCACUUCUCGUUGUGUUAACCAUAACGACUGUGGGUUUCCCACUGUUCUCUCAAUCGCUCGUCGACAAACUACAGAAUUUACAAUGACAACAGAAAAGGUUUGCCCAAUAGGCGAGGAUAUCGCCAUUUAUGUCCUUCCUAUCUUUGCCAUGCAGUAUUUUAUGGGGGCGUUGGUGCAACUAAAGAAUACGGCGUUGCUUCGUAUUGCCCUGCUACCCGUUGUACUAUGGCUUGCGUGGCGGGCUGUUUCGGCACUCGACUUCUCUUGUGGAAACCAUGAAAAAGCUCAGGCAAAUGCCAUUUUCGUCAACUCUACGUUCCGAAACGGUGUUCCAGCUAGCAUUCCUACGGCCUUUUGGAAUGCGUGGGAUCUACUUUUAAAUUCGCGCUGGCGUCGGUUGGAAUUGCCAUCAUUCGAAACAAAUUCAAGGGCUCGGUUCUUGGUUUACGCGGUGGCGCGUGCGAUCUUCUGUGGACUGGCUUUCGACGCUUUCACAGAAACCGUUUGCACCUACUCUCCCAACCUCGGUUCGUGGAAGGGUGAUUCCAUCCUCGAUUAUUCUCUUCCAUUCGUGCCCAGAUAUCUGCGUGCCUUGCAGAUAUUAUAUCUCGCGGUUUGGUUGACCUACUUUGCGUUGAACUGGGCAUAUUAUUCUCUCGCUAUCGUGUGCAUCAUCGUCUUCCGCCAGCGUCCAUCACAGUGGCCGCCAUUGUUCGAUAGACCGUGGCUAUCCACAUCGUUGAGCGACUUCUGGGGGAGACGAUGGCAUCAGAUGUUCCGCUUUCCUCUGGUUUCUUGUGGAGGGGUGCCUUUAGCAUAUCUGUUCGGCCGUCCUGGUGGUGUUUUGGGAACAUUCAUGAUGUCGGCCAUCUUCCACAUCAUCGAACUCCGUGCAGUUGGGCGAGGAAGUAACAUUGCGGUACAAGUGAGCUUUUUCGCUUUGAACGGUGUCGGAGUGCUGUUGGAGCGAGCUUGGGCAAAGAGGACAGGCCGACGCCUCAAAGGUUCGGUCUGCGGAUGGAUAUGGACGUUCUCGUGGAUGGCACUCUUGGCUCUUCCGGUGGUAGACGAGUGGGCGAGAGUAGGUCGUUUUGCUGUGGAUAGAUUCCCAGGUGGCUUCAAACCUACGAUGGCAUUGCUUUCGUUGGUGCAGCUCCCGCCUGGGGUUGACAAUGGGUUUGUCUUGAAAUGUCUGUGUUUCGGAACGUCGUUACCAUUCCUCGCGUACUCGUUGUUCACGCUGUCCUAGUUGUUGGUUAGAUCGACAAAUGCUGUAUCCCAUCCAUGCAAUUUCCGUCUUUGCAGUAAUCCACCAUACACUGAAAAUGGCUCCAGCGUCGCCCGAUACGCAGCGCAGACUGCAGCGGGGGCCAAGGCAUUCAGGUUUUUC